AUGUGCGCAACCCAGAUGUACAAAGAUGCUCCCGCGCUGAGGGCAGCAGUCGCUGCCGAGCAGAGCAACCCAUGGAAGGACAAGCGCAGUAUCAUCCUCCGCAAUGCCACGGGCACGCGUGACCUUGCCGUCAACAACAUGCUAGGGCGCAUGCUCGCCCCAGUGGUGUUGACGUGGCAGUUCGAGUGCUUCUAUGCGGUCCUGAUCAUUUCCCAUGCUAUCCUCCUGGGUGCACAGAUUGAAUGGGAGGCUGCCAACUUGGGCGCAGCUCCACCGCCUGUGAUGGUCUCCACACAUCUGGCCUUCACCUUCCUCUUCAUCGUGGAGAUUGCUCUGCGGAUAUCGACGAUUGGUGCGCGGAGAUUCUUCACAUCUGGUGCUUACGCCUGGAACAUUUUCGACUUGCUGAUGGUCUCCCUCUCGAUUGUUGAGCUCCUGGUAGACCUUAUCUUGCAGGAGCACUUUGCGUCUGGGACAUUCAGGAUUCUUAGAAUACUGCGUUUGGCGCGCUCAGCCCGUGGGCUGCGCAUCAUCCGCCUCAUUCGAUUCAUUCGUCCUCUUCGGAUCUUGGUGUUCUCUAUUGGCAUCACAUUGAAAUCCCUGAUAUGGUCAGUUAUCCUGCUCGUCCUGAUCAUCUAUUUAUUUUCUAUCCUGUUCUCCGACGCCUACCUGACUAUGGCAUCCGAAGAUGCAGACAUUGCGGCCUUGCAAAACUUCUUCGGAAGCUUGCAGGUCUCCAUGCUGACGCUCUUCGCGGCUAUUUCAGGCGGCUUGGAGUGGAGGCACGCCAUGUCGGCCUUGGGCCUGGUGGGUUGGGUCUGGACUUCCCUUUUCGUUCUGUACAUCGCUUUUUGCUGCUUUGCUGUCCUCAAUGUGAUGACCGGAGUUUUUUGCCAUUCAGCGAUUACUGGAGCCGAGCAAGACCAUGAGUUUAUGGUUCAGUCCAUGGUCGGGGAGCAGGAACGGAUACGAGCUGUGUUCGGUGAGCUCUUCCACAUGAUGGACCAUGAUGGCAGUGGCAUGAUCACUAUCAAGGAGUUUGAACGCGGCUUCAAAGUGGAGUCAACAAAGGCCUGGUUUGAAGCCUUGGGCAUCAAGGCAGAAGACGCUUGGACAAUCUUCCGCAGCUUGGACCGGGACGGAGAUCACAGAAUCGGAGUUGGUGAGUUUGUAGAGGGCUGCAUCCACAUCCGUGGGCCGGCGCGUGAAGUCGACUUGAUGCGGCAGUCUCAGAUGACGCAAAAGCAACUUCAAGCUGUUCAAGGAACUAUCUUGGACAGUCUCGUGCUCUUGAAGGACGUGGCUGCGCAGCUGAUUGCGUUUAUCUUGGAUGCACCCAGAGCAUCUGUGAUUUUGGGGCAGCCGAGGAUCGUUCAGCGCAAUGACAAAGCUUCCAGUGAUGGAGCAGUUCCCAAUGCAAAGCUCGUCGACGCCAAGCCUCGGAACACGGCCCGUUUCGGCCGCUUCCCGCGAGAGAUUCCGACAAAAGGUGUGCCGGGCUACAUGGGCUUCCGGCCCGGUGGUGCUGAUGGAGCAUUUGGUGUUGGCACACCCUUUGGCGAUGCCUGGUUCGCACAAGCAGCUUUUGAUUUGGUCCAGCUGAUACAUGAAUUGCCGCUGCAGAGCGACCAGAAAACGCUGCUGCUGCAGUCCGGUGAAACUGGACCGCUGUGGGCUGGGCCGCAGUCGUGCAUUGGUGCAGGUCCCUCCAAAGAAGAACACAUCAACCAGGCUUGCGCCAUCAGUCCCCCCCCGUGCCUCGACCUCUUGCUGGACACUGCUUGUUUCCUGGGUUUGGGGGGCACUGCUUCCCUGGUGGCAGGAAGGGGUGCUGCGGACGCUCUAGUCCCAGCGCACGCAUCUGAUGAGGCUUUGGAAACCACAAUAUCGCGACUCACCUUGAAGAAAGGGCCCGCUGACUUCGGGCCCGGCGUACGGUUGGUCAGGGCAGCUCUCGAAGUUCCGGGGCUCGUGGCGCCCGGCGUGGGGCAGUGCCAAGACUACCACGUCGGGGCCAAAGGAAAGUCCAAUUUUCGCAACGUUCUGAAGCUGGAAACCUUUUAUGGAAAUGCAGCCGGUCUCGAGUCGGGUGCUGGCCGGCGCGGUGCAGGCCGAACACGCAAAGCGAAGUUGCGGAAGGGGCUCACGAGCUGCCUGGUUCCCGGAGAGCUGAUCAUGCUUCGAGUCGCCUGGCAAGGUCAGAUCUUGGAAGUGACUAAGGCAGAGUUCACGCAGGAAAGCCUUUGCUGGGAAGGUAUCAGGUCUACUCAGGUCUUCAAGGCUUACCGGCUUAGCGGUCCGAAGGAGACCCCGGCCGACAGCACUGUUGUAUCUGAUCUGGCCUUUUCAGCUCCUUGGCCAUCCUACAGUGUCUGCGCCAAAGUGCUCCACUUAGCGGCCAUGGUGCUCGGGGAGCUCGGCCAGCGGAUCACCGCCUCUUUCCGGAGGCUGAACCAGGCGCCGAUCAUUGAUGACGACCUCCUUGAUGAGGUGUUGAAGGAGAUUGCUGCAGCUCUCCUUCAUGCGGACGUCAACGUCCGUUAUGUCUCCGAGCUGAGGAGCAAUGUCAAGAAGCGGGUGCUACUGGAAAGUGAUGCUAGCGGCGUCAAUAAGCGGAAGCUCAUCCAGAAGGCUGUGGUGGAAGAGCUCGUCCGCUUGGUUUCGACAGACAAGAAGCCUUACAAAUUAGAGAAAGGCAAAGUCAACAUCAUCAUGUUCGUGGGUUUGCAGGGCAGUGGCAAGACCACCACCUGCACCAAGUACGCCCACCACUACAACCGGAAAGGCUGGAAAACAGCCCUGGUGUGUGCUGACACUUUCCGUGCCGGUGCCUUUGACCAGUUGAAGCAGAACGCCUCGAAGGUGAGAAUACCCUUCUACGGCGAUUACAACGAGACAGACCCCGUCAGAAUUGCCGAAGAAGGCGUGGAGCUCUUCAAGAAAGAGAAGUACGACCUGAUCAUAGUUGAUACGUCCGGUCGUCACAAGCAAGAGCAGGCCCUUUUUGAUGAGAUGAAGCAGGUGGCAGAGGUAGUCCAGCCAAACGACACCAUUUUCAUCAUGGACUCCCACAUUGGUCAGGCCUGCUAUGAUCAGGCCAGGGCCUUCCGGGAGGUUGUGGACAUCGGUAGCGUUAUCAUUACCAAGCUCGAUGGCCACGCCAAGGGUGGUGGCGCGCUCUCUGCCGUUUCGGCCACGAAUUCGCCCAUCAUUUUCCUUGGAACGGGGGAGCACUUCGACGAGUUCCAGCCCUUUGAUGCCCAGAGCUUCGUCUCGCGACUUCUGGGAAUGGGAGACCUCAAGGGCCUCUUCCAGACCAUCACGGAGGCCAUGCCCCUGGACAAGCAGCCUGAGCUGCUCAACAAGAUCUCCAAGGGCAGGUUCUCGCUUCGUGACCUUUACGAGCAGUUUCAGAAUCUGCAGAAGAUGGGUCCCAUGAGCCAGAUCAUGCAGAUGAUUCCUGGCAUGUCCAAUUUGAUGCCUGCAGGUGCAGAGAAGGAGGGCGUCAAGCGCAUCAAGCGCUUCAUGGUCAUCAUGGACAGCAUGACGGACGCCGAACUGGACUGCGAAGUUCAGCUGAACGACUCCCGGAAGCUGCGAAUCGCAAGAGGUGCUGGAUCAUCCAUCAUUGAGGUCAACCUCCUGGUGGAGGAGUACAAGCGAAUGGAGAAAAUGGUUGGGAAGAUGGGCAAGAGUGGCCUAUUCGGCAAAGGUGGUGACCUUACACAGCUGACGCGGAAUCCCGGUCAGGUGAUGCAGAAAAUGCAGAGUGCUAUGGACCCGCGAAUGUUGCAGCAGAUGGGCGGAGCGCAGAACAUGAUGAAGAUGAUGAAGGAGUUCGGGAAGAUGGAGAACAUGGGUGGCAUGAUGGAGGGCCUCGGGGGCAUCGACCCGUCUCAGGUGGCAAACAUGCAGAAGAUGAUGGGCAAGAUGAAAGGGCGCGCUUUUGAAGACACCUUUGGCAGGGAAGUGAUGGCCAGGGCUGGCUAUGGAAGCAGCGCAUUUGCUGCCGUCAGUGACAAAGAUGUGGAUGAUCACUGUGCAAACUGCAAAAGCGAUUCGCCGGAGCUGCGACCCGCCCGGCGCUCGGUCGUGGGCAUCCUGGAAGCGACCAAACUGAUUGCAUGCGUGUCCGUGAAGCCUCCACGGAGCGUCCGCGAGUGUCUCACCGCGGCAUACCGCAGCUUGGCGGUGUCUUGGAAAGUUUUCAACGGCCCCUUGGAGUUUGAGGCUCCUUGGUUGGACAGGUUCCAGGACAAGGCGAAGAGCGUCUUGAACGAGUACUUUGUCUCCCUAGCUGUGGAAGACACUGUGGCGUCUGCCGCAGAGCUGCUAGCAGCCUGCCCAUCUGAGGCGGAUGAGCUCGGAGUUGUGGCGAUGAAAGCUGCACUUGACCGGGGAAAGGACGCGCCGUCCGACAUUGUGCGGCUUUUCGAGGGCCUGAGCAGGUCCGCAAGCUUGGACCGUGCUGCUUUGGUCCGCAGCUUCGAGAAGAUUUUCUGCCGGCUGGAGGACAUCAAGAUUGAUGCGCCUAUGGCCGAGAAAGGCAUUCUAGAGAUCUUGCAGGGCUGCGUCGCGACCGGCUGCGUAGACAAAAAGCUUCUCACGAAACUUCCGGAGACGCUUCUCCGGGGCGGUUUGGCAGGAGACAAGGUUCCAGUCUCACCAGAGUUCCAUGAGAUGCUCGAGAAGACGGUGCAGGAUCUGAAAGCUUUCAAACACGCAGCUGGCCGAUGCAUCGAGGAGUAUUUCGUGACCAUGAACGCAGAGGAGGUGGGAACUAUCCUCAGCGAGCUAUCCAUGAGCCCAUACCACCACGAAUUCGUCAAGAAGGCGAUCACAAUGUCCUUCUCGCAGACGAGCGAAGCUGCAGGAAGAGAGGCUGUCUUGCAGCUUCUAUCCUGGCUUUGCACAAAUGGCGUCCUCACAAAGGAUGACAUCCAGUGGGGAACGACGCGAUUGCUAAGCCAGGUGGAUGACCUCAGCCUGGACUAUCCCAGAUGCAUCGAGAUGCUCACAGAAGUCAUCAUCCGGCUCCUGGUGGAUGAGCUGGUGAGCGUGCCCUUCUUGCGACGCUGUCGACUCUUGCGCCUUGGAGACACAGCUGGACUGAAGGUCCUUGAUGCUGUCCAGCGCAAGACGCCCGAGUACAGCAAGAAGCACUUGAGCACUGCAGCCUUCAAGCGAGAGAUCCAGACAAUGAUCUUGGAAUAUUUCAAUUCUGGGGACACGGCCGAGUUCGGGCGUUGCAUCAGAGAGAUCACGCCUUUGUCCCCGGCACAAAGCGCUGAGCUGGUGCGAAAGAUUAUGGUCUUCGCGAUGGAACGUUCUGGGAGCGAAUGUGAGAUGGCAUUGACUCUGCUCAUCUACAUUAGCCGGAAUGAGGAGUUGAGCGCUAAGGACAUCGAGAACGGAUUCGACGACAUGUACAGGAACAUGCCGGACAUCUUGCUCGAUGUCCCCGACGCUGAAGAGAUGGCACGGAGCUUUGUUGUGGAGGCAAUGAAAAACAAGGUGUUGCGGGAAACGUGGCCUGACCCAGAAGAGCCCGACGAGUGA